CAAAACCUGUCCAAGACAUAUCUACCGCUAAUAGUGAAGAAAAGGCAACAAAUGGAGUCAAGAAGCAAGCCGACCAAGUGAAGCGACGUCUAUCGAGUAACGAUGAAAGUGCAGGCUGGAUGGCGAUGCUCACGAAACGGGUUGACCCUUUGACGCUGGCAGUGUUUAGGUUUCUGUUCGGAGCCGCCAUGGUGGUUCACAUUGUGAGAGCAGUGCUUUCUCAAGACGUGAUUGAAGCAAACUUCCAAGACUAUUUCCCAGAGCUAAACUUUCACUACUACUUCGCGAUGAACAUUUGGAAGCCACCUGUUGAGGUCACGUGGUACAUCUUCUGGGCAUGCGCAGUUUCUGCUGGCCUCUUGUCUAUCGGCUUUCUGUAUCGCUUGGCUUCCCUCUCGUUUCUUUUGCUUUUUACUUAUAUCAAUCUCAUGGAAAAGGCCCGCUACAACAACCACUACUAUCUGUACAUUCUUGUUUCCUUCUUGUUUCUUAUUUUCUAUGGGAGUAUCGCCAAAAUGAAUUACGAUGGGUUUGUCCGUGGUGAGCCAUGUAAGACUUGGUUCUAUAGGGUUGAACCUAUUCGUCAAUUGGCCGAAUUGGUUGUACCACCUGAAUAUGCGCCUAGUGUGAUUGGUUACUUCUUCAGCGCUGGUGGACUAGUCUUCGACUUUGUGAUUGGCUUCAUGCUGAUCAGCAAGACAUUCCGACCAAUGGGCUUCCUCCUCACAUUUGGGUUCCAUUUGACAAAUCAUUUCGUUUUCAAAAUCGGCACGUUUCCUUGGGUCAUGAUGGCCACAAAUAUACUUUUUAUCGAACCAGAGACGGUUUCAAAAAUUCCGGCUCUGAAAAACUUUGCCAAUUCUGCAUAUCCCUCCACAAGCAAAGAUGGGAAGAAAGCUCAAACAUCAAAGUUAUGUCGUCCGCUAUUCGCCCUUCUCUUCUGCUACGUCACUGCGCAGUGCCUUGUGCCUUUCCGCCAUUGGCUGUACCCAGGUGACGUCAACUGGACCAUGGAAGGCCAUCAGUUCAGCUGGAGAAUGAUGUUGAAUGCAGAAGACGUCAUACUGCGCACUCUGAUAAGACCGCAAGGUGGCGCUGAAGUAGUGCACACUGGCUACCAGAUCAAUGCCAGGCAGAUGAAGAGAAUGAUAACAGACCCUGAACUGAUCCUGCAGUACGCCCAACAUCUCGGCAGGGGGCACCUGGAGACCACGGGCAGCCCCGCAAGUGUGAGGUUGGACAUGUGGAGGUCACUGAAUAACAGGCCUUUCCAAAGAUGGGUUGACCCAUCAGUUGACCUCACCACUGUUGACUACUGGGCCUUCCACUACCCCUGGCUGGAGACCCGACUGCCCGACUCCGAGAUCGACUUUUCCGAGAUGGACCGAAUCCGUGAGGAGGCGAAGGAUCAAGGGAAAAUGGCGUCCUUCUUCAUGGACAAACCUAAUGGGGUUUUCAAGACGACACUCCAAGCUGGCGGGCCGUGCUCUAACAUCUCACUGCUAACCGUGAGCGGGGAUGUCUCUGUACAGAUCAAGAAGGUGCACACCCCCGUCCCGGUCGGUACGGAGCUGCCCCUCCCCAUCGGAGGCUUCCACAGGGUGCGGGCGGGCGGGGACGGCCCUGCCUCCGUCUGGGCUUACCUGCACGACUGCUCUCCUGGACACUUCCAUAACGCCAUGAUGAUGGUCAGCAUGGACAGCUGGGAGCUAUUUUAGACACUUGUACUCACACCAAUGCAGUUCAGUUCAUCCUCGUUAUACGACGUGCCACGACCAUAAUGCUGUUCCAUACAUCUCUGUCUAGCAUGAUGGCCAGCAGGCCACGGCACUUAAGUCCUAGUUCUUCCUCCGGCAUGUUCUUGAUUGUCAGGUUAGGUCAUCCACUUUAUCUUAUUACGUCAGGUUCCCAGAGGAGGACGUUUUGCAUAGUGGCAAAAUGCUCAGUGACAAAUACACAACCACAUGUGUGUACUUACCUACAGAGACGUUAUAACACUCAUAGAGACACUCUUUGUAUAACAAAAAUGUUACUUUGUAACUCCACCAAAAUUGAUUUAUAUGCCAAGAUUUCGUGAGGAAUUUGAUCGUGAGAUUGUCAAAUCUACAUCGAUAUCAUAGCAAAUUUAUCGGUGGCGGGUGGAAAUUGCUUAUGAAACGAUUUAAUGCAAUCGAAGACAUGUAUGAUACAGAUAUAUAAGGUUUCAACAUGAGAUAACAGUACUAGUAGAAUGGGCAUAAUGGAUAUAGUAACCAGGCUAACCUUGCACUGGUGUCUUAAGUAGGAAGUAAUCUCAAAGGUCAAGAAUAAUUGGUAAGAAGAAAGUGAAGAUUAAGUUUAAUCCAUUGUGUUACGCGCGCCGAAAGCUGCCAUACCGACCGGCUGUAUAAACUUGGCACAAAAAUAAUUGGAAACUUAGCUUGGUCACGUUUUGUUUAUACAUAUGUUUCCUUAUACUGCAUAUCAUAAGAAAUCUUAUGUGAUUUUCUUUCGCGCUAACACUGAAAGAAUAAAGGCACGCUAAAAAAUCA